AUGGAAGCCCGCCAAGCGGCAAAUCCAAUGGAUGUUUUACGUGGCUAUGAACACGCGAUAGGCGGUUUCUCCGGCGGCAUUUUGUCAACGCUCGUUUGCCAUCCGAUGGACUUGUUGAAAGUUAGAUUUUCGGCCAACGAAGGCAAUGCCUUGAUACGACCACAAUACAACGGAUACGCCGACGCGGCCGCCCAAAUUGUGCGCUCCCAGGGGAUUCGCGGGCUGUACCAGGGCCUAACACCUAAUCUAUGCGGGGGCGCACUAUCUUGGGGCUUAUACUUGCAAAUUUACAACAAGGUCAAGACGGCGAUCACGAACACGUGCAGAACUUAUCCGGAACCACUCAACAAUUUUGCGAGCGGCAUCGUGGCCGGAUCCAUUGUGAUGUGCUUUACGAAUCCGAUUUGGGUGGCUAAGACGAGAUUGUGCCUACAGUAUGAGAAGCAGGCGACGAAGCAAUACAGCGGGAUGAUGGAUUGUAUCUACAAAAUGUACAGAAAUGAAGGCAUUGCCGGCCUAUAUCGAGGAUUCCUGCCCGGCCUCUUUGGUACGUCACACGGCGCGGUUCAGUUUAUGAUUUACGACUUCUUGAAGGAUUGGCGUUGUCGGGACAAGGGCAUCGAAAAGGGCUCAAAAUUGUCGCUGUUCGACUAUCUCGCGUUCUCUUCGAUCUCGAAGAUGGCCGCCGUCACGGCCACUUAUCCAUAUCAGGUGGUCCGAACUCGAAUGCAAGAUCACAAUAUCGUGGCCCGGAGCGCUGUACAAACGAUCCGACAUGCCCUGGUCGAAGAGGGACCCCGCGCCUUCUACAAGGGCCUGCUGAUUGCGAACGUGAGAACGUUGCCGGCCACCGUCGUCACGUUGAUGACUUAUGAACAAAUCCACCACUUCAUACACGGGUCC